UUUAUUGGUCAUCGGAAUACCUACGAAUCCGUCAGUUUAUAAUGGUUGUUUUUAAUUGUACAUUAGCAAUUGCUUUUAUAAGUAUUAUUUUUUACAAAUACAUAGCAAUUGUAGAUUUUUUUGAUUUUUUCAGCUUAUAUAAAGAAAAUACUUUUGAACUUGCUUCCAUUAACUUAACGGAAGCUGAGGAUAAUUAUAAUAAUGUUGCACAAAGGCUUGUGAAAGCUAGUCAUGAUGUAGGUUUUGUGUAUUUAACUGACGUUAAAGGUUAUAAUUCAGAAGAGUUACUGAAAUGGACAAAAUGGCUUUUUAAUCUAGAUAUUGAUAAAAAAAUGAAAAUAGCAAAAAAAAGUUUUAAUGAAAAAAAUGCCAAUGUUUAUAGGGGCUACUUUCCUGUUGUAGAAGGUGGUCAUUCUUACAAAGAAGCUUUUGAAAUGGGGGGCUUUAAUUCAAUUUAUACAACAGAAUAUCCGACACCUUCUAGCAUACGUAAUAUAACAACUUUUGAUGGAAGACCUAUCAUGAGAAAUAUUUUAGAAGAAAGAAAUACAUGGCCAGUAUCAGGAAAUGAUACUGAAGAUAGACAAUUCAGGUUAGUUAUGGAGAAAUAUCAACGUUUUUUUUAUGAAACUUCCUCGGUUAUAUUUAGACUAAUGAUUCAUGGGUUAGGUUUUGAAAAAGAGAGUUAUGAUUAUCUUUUUGGACCAAAAUCACUGUCCACUUAUCGUUUGAUUCAUUAUCCUAGUCGGUUAGCUAAUUCUCCUGAAACUAUACCAGAUGAAGCUUGGGAUGGUGAUAUUGCUAUAGCUACUGGUGAACAUUUUGACAGCACUAUAAUAACACUUUUGUCAACUUUUCAUUUUACUGGUUUACAAAUUAAGCCUGUUGGUUAUAGCAAAUGGAUUAAUGUACCUGCAGAUAAGCACAGAUUAGUUGUUAAUGUUGGUGCCCUUCUAGAACAUCUAGCUGAUAGAAAAAUGGUUGCAACAAAUCACAGAGUUUUGGAUGGUGGUAAUAGUAGAUAUUCAGUUGCCAUGUUUUAUGAACCAUCUCAUGAUGCAGAUAUAUCCAAAACAUUUUCUGGUAAGAACAAUGAUUAUGUUGGAAAUUUUAUUAAGUAUGGGCUUUGGAUGUCAAAUCGAACAAAAAUGUUUGCUGAAUACAGAACAACUGAUUUCGGUGUUGAUGUUGAUUAGUUUAUUUUUGUUGUCAAAGUGUAAAAUAUGCAAAAAAAGCUAUUCGUUUUUAAA